UGUAGGGGCGUUGAUUUCUUUUGGUUUCACAUAUAAAACACCUUUUACAGACAGACAGAAAGCAGACUGACUGAAUAUGGCAGCAGUGAAAGCAUGCAAUAUCUUGAUCACAGGAGCCAACAGGGGCUUGGGCUUAGAAACUGUUAAGCAACUCUCUGAGGAUUCUUGUCCAAAACGUCAUAUUUUUGCUACCUGCCGUGACCCAGAUGGGCCAAAAUCUAAGGAAUUGAGAGAGCUGGCGAAAAAGCAUCCAAGCGUGAUUUCAAUCAUACGUCUUGAUGCUGAUGAUCCAAGCAGUAUCGAAGAGUCUGCCAAGAAAGUGGGUUCUCUACUGGGAAAGAACGGUUUGAACCUUCUUGUGAAUAAUGCUGCAAUCGUGGCAACUGGCACCGCUCAGACCAGCAGUGUUGAGGACAUGAAGAACACCUUCAACACCAACGUGAUAGGACCCUUACUAAUCACUAGGGAGUACCUACCAUAUCUACGAACAGCAGCCAAAGCCAGCGGGACACCAGGCAUGUCCUGUAAUAAAGCAGCUGUCAUCAACAUCUCCACUCUUGGAGGAUCUCUUGCCACAAUGCCUUCCAUGUAUGAACAGUUCCCAGUGUUGCCAUAUUGCGUGAGCAAGGCAGCUUUGAACAUGCUGUCUGCGUUGACUGCUGAGGAGUUAAAGGCGGAUGAGAUCCUCUGCAUGGCCCUUCAUCCAGGAUGGGUGAAGACUGAACUAGGUGGAGAAAAGGCACCACUUGAACCAAAAGAAAGUGUGGAAGGGAUGCUGCGUGUCAUUGGCAGUCUUACUGAGAAGCAGAACGGUGGAUUCUUGGACUGGAAUGGAGAAACAGUGCCCUGGUAAACCAGAAGAACAAUAUGCGAGGUCACCAAAGAGCUGAUCCUGGUCCAAACGGCCCUAUUAGCCAUAUAAGGCCACACCUAAUCAGAAGCACUUAAUUUCAGACCACAAAUGUUUGACAGACAUAUGACAAUUUUAUAUUUCAUACAAUAAAUCACUCUGAUCAA